GCGCAAGUUAUUUGUUGCACUUGUAUUGGAUCCGGUGGCGAUAUUCUGGACGCCAUGACGUUUGAUCGGGUGCUUUUGGACGAAGCCACGCAAGCGACCGAGCCUGCGGUACUGGUGCCGCUUAUGCGUGGCUGCCGUCAGUUGGUCCUGGUGGGAGAUCACUGCCAAUUACCACCGACGGUUCUCAGUACACGGGCCGAGGAGGAAGGUCACGGUGUUCCUUUAUUUUCCCGGAUGGUAGCCUGUGGUGUUCCGCCUUAUAUGUUGGAUACGCAAUAUCGUAUGCAUCCGUGUAUUGCCAUGUUCCCGUCGGAUCUCUUCUACGGAGGUCUUUUGCGGAACGGUGUCUCAGCACCGGAACGUCGGCCGCUGGCGGGUUUCCCCUGGCCUCGUGAAGAAUUUCCCGUCGCGUUCUUGCCAAUUCAGGGAGUCGAAAUGGACGACGGCGUCAGUAAAUAUAACGAUGCGGAAGCGGCUGCGGCUUGCAACGCCGUAUCGUUACUUUUGCAGGGUGGUCAGUGCAGUGCAUCGGAUAUUGCUGUCGUUACUCCAUACGCGGCACAGGCGCGGUUAAUUCGGCGUAUGAUCCGGCGAAUCUUACCCGAUAGCGGACCCCCCUUUAUUGAAGUCGCUUCGGUUGACGGUUUCCAAGGUCGAGAAAAAGAAGCGGUAGUCUUCUCUGCGGUUCGUAGUAACGAUUAUGGCAGUAUUGGUUUCACAUCUGAUUGGAGGCGUGUAAACGUUUCCUUCACCCGUGCCCGUCGUGCUUUGAUUGUGAUUGGAAACGAGCAUACGUUGCGCCGC